AUGGAGCAACUAGCCAUUGCAGGAGUGCUUUAUAAAUUAAUUGAAGCUUCUCACUCAAAAUUUAGAAAUAGCAAAAAUUCAAGGAAUGGAGAUGGUGCUUCCGACUUGCAACAAACUUUAUCUCGUUCUCCUACUGCAAAACUGCAAUCUCAUUCAAAUAUUCAAGUUAUUAAACAUGGAAGAAUUCAACAUGGCAAUUUCGGAUUUUCACAACGAAAUAUUUUGUCUGCAAAAUUGUUUGAGUGCAAUGUUUGUGGAAAAAAGUGUUUGUAUAAAAGUGAUUUAACUAUUCAUUUAAGAGCACAUACUAGUGAAAAGCCAUAUCAUUGUAAUAAAUGUUCUCGCAGCUUUAAGUCUAAUCAGUCUUUACGAUAUCAUAAAGCUGUGGCUCAUCCUGAUAACUAA